CCGAGAUUCCCAGGCAGACCCGAGCCAGAGAGCGACUCAGCGAAUGGAGCCGAUGCCCAGGGACAGCACCGAGGAUCUUCUCCCAUCGGAUUCUCCGCAUCCCAGCAACGGCACUGAGAGCGGGCCCUUCAGACAGAGGCAGGAGGCAGCGGAGAGCUAUGGCUACUGCAGCCGACAGAACCCAGCCCAGGCCCCAGGCUGGCACAGCCCCCAGAGAGCUGUGCCAACUGGGCCCAAAGAGGGAAGGCAACUGGCGAGGAGACGACGCCUACCACCCACCCCAGCAGGCCGAUCGACCGUGUUUACCUUCCAGUGUCUGGCUGGCUACGACAGCAGUGAUGAUCUCCCAAUGCCGGGAACUUACCAUCAGUAUCCGCACCCCAGGCCUUCGGCCCAUCAUCAGGUUUAUGAAUCCUACGGGAAUUCGGCCCACUCCUGGGCUAGCCCUCGGCCCCCUCGCUCAAAGCGGGGCUGCCUGCUGUAUGCACCUCUCAUCCUGGUGCAGUCCGAGGGCUCCUGGAGGGACAGGAGGGCCAGGCUGAGCGGCCUGGAGCCGGGCCAAUGGUACGGAGGCGAUGAUGCAGAUUUGGGAAGACCGUAUCGGGAGCGCACCUCGGCGACGCUCAGAGUGCCCGGCCCCCUCGGGCACGCACCCAGCGAGAAGCAGGGCAGCGCGGACAGCCUGGUGGAGGCGGUGCUGAUCUCCGAGGGCCUGGAGCUCUGUGCCCGCGACCCCAGCUUCGUGGCCUUGGCGAAGCAGGAGCUCGCCGAUGCCUGCGACCUGACGGUGGAGGAGAUGGAGAUCGCGGCAUGCGACCUGUUGGGCCAGGGCGGGCGGGGGACCCUGCUCGCCCGGGACGUCGGCGCCCCCUGCAGCGACGAGGAGUCAGUGCGCGGAGCCGCUGAGGACGAGCUACUGGACGAGAUAACGUGCAGCGGGGCCUACUAGAUUUUAAUGAAGAUGUACCCCCGCAGCCAUCUUUGAACGGUUCCCCCGCCGCCCUCCCACCGACUGUCAAAAACACACACCCCAAAACAUCGGGCCGCCGCGCUCCAGACCAUUUGGCUCGGCCCUUCCUCGGCCCCAGGCUGUCCCCGCAGUGUGUCGGCUUCUGUAGAUCAUUUCUUCUCCUCGUUCUCUUUAUUUCCCGUCCUCGAUUUUACCCGCCUCUUGUCGAAGAGCUCGGUCACAGGAAGGGCGUGGGCAGCCAUUCGGCCCCAGCAGCAUAGGCUUCAAGCAGGCCCCAGUAGCACGGACUGGGGUAGGCCCCAGUAGCUCGGUCUGGAGUAUGCCCCUGUAGCUCGGUCUGGAGUAGGCCCCAGUAGCUCAGUCUGGAGUAGGCUCCAGUAGCUCGGACUGGAGUAGGCCCCAGUAGCUCGGACUGGAGUAGACCCCAGUAGCUCGGACUGGAGUAUGCCUCGGUAGCUCGGUCUGGAGUAGGCCCCUGUUGCACAGACUGGAGUAGGCCCCAGUAGCUCAGACUGGAGUAGGCCCCAGUAGCUCGGACUGGCAUAGGCCCCAGUAGCUUGGACUGGAGUAGGCCUCGGUAGCUCGGACUGGAGUAGGCCCCAGUAGCACAGCCUGGAGUAGGCCCCAGUAGCACAGCCUGGAGUAGGCCCCAGUAGCUCAGACUGGAAUAGGUCCCUGUAGCUCGGUCUGGAGUAGGCCCCUGUAGCUCGGACUGGAGUAGGCCCCAGUAGCACAGACUGGAGUAGGCCCCUGCAGCUCGGACUGGAGUAGGCCCCAGUAGCUCGGACUGGAGUAGGCCCAUGUUGCACAGACUGGAGUAGGCCCCAGUAGCUCGGACUGGAGUAGGCCCCUGUUGCACAGACUGGGGUAGGCCCCAGUAGCUCGGACUGGGGUAGGCUCCAGUAGCUCGGACUGGAGUAGGCCCCAGUAGCUCGGACUGGAGUAGGCCCCAGGAGCUCGGACUGGAGUAGGCCCUAGUAGCUCGGACUGGAGUAGGCCCCAGCAACACGUAGACGAGUAGGCCCCAGUAGCUCGGCCUCGAGUGGGCUUCAGCAGCAGGGACCAGGGUAGGCCCAAGCAGCGGGGACCGGAGUAGGCCCGUGUCCUAUGAUGGAGCAUUUAACGGGAAGACCUGUCAAGUUGGACUCAGUUUCUUCAUUUCUUUGUCUUUCCGCCCUUACCCUGAGUGUUUUGGUGAUUUAUUUUCAUGGUUAAAGAUGGCGUUCGAGUGCGGCAGGGCUGGACAACACCGGUUUGUCACAAUGUACACAUGGCAGCUCAGAGCUCAAAUAAAGCC